AUGCCAUACUUCCUUGCAGAUAAAUCCUUCUUACUCGACUUAGCAAGAAGAACGACUCGAGAACAAAUCUGCAUGUCGCCAUCAACGUCAACAAGCAACGUGGGAAGGAUGAUAGGAGCGGGAAAAAGAAUGUGGCAUGAUUCAUCCCCUCUCCCUUCCAACCUCCAAUCUAUCCCAUGCUAUUGCUCCCCUUUAAAGUUGACUUGGCGAACCUAUUCAUACAACACCUAAUCCCCCCCUAGUCUUAAUACAUCCCAUCACAUCCUUGCUUCCAUUCUGUGGCUUGGCGGCUCUCAUGAACGCCACCAUGAGCAUGUUGAGCAUGGUGGAGGCGAAGCUGCCUCCAGGUUUCAGGUUCCACCCGAGGGACGACGAGCUCGUCUGCGACUACCUCGCCGCGAAGGCCGCCGGAGGCAGCACCGAGAGCAGUUCCAUGAUGAUGGUGGAUGUUGAUCUCAACAAGUGUGAGCCAUGGGAUCUCCCUGCUGCUGCAUGUGUUGGAGGCAACGAGUGGUACCUCUUCAGCCUUCGAGAUCUGAAGUACGCGACCGGGCAGCGGACCAACCGGGCGACCAUGUCAGGCUACUGGAAGGCCACAGGGAAGGAUAAACCAGUGACUCGAAAAGGAUUGCUGGUUGGGAUGAGGAAGACUUUGGUGUUCUAUCAAGGAAGAGCUCCCAAGGGGAAGAAGACAAAGUGGGUCAUGCAUGAAUUCCGCAUGGAAGGAUCCGAUGGUGCUCCAAAGUUGCCUUUCAAGUCCAUGCAGCCAGACUGGGCCCUAUGUAGAGUCUUCUGCAACAACAGAAGGAUCUCCACCAUGCCAAGCAUGGAGUCAAGCCAUGAAAGCUCAGGUUCACAGUCCCUCCCAGCUCUAAUGGACAACUGCAUCACCUUUGGCCAAACCCCUUUCUUCUCAGAGGGGUUUGAGCAGGUGCCCUGCUUCUCCAGCCUAUCUCCAAACUAUGUAUCCCAGUGCCAAGACUUUGUCCUAACAAAAUGCUUAGCUCAAACUGGUGGUUUGCCUGAGUUGAACUCUGGAUUGAAUCAGCUCACUGGUGACAGAAGGGACUCGAGAACAGUUCUGAACUACUUCACCAAGUUCGAGGGUGAUCCAAAGGGAAAGGUGGUGCCACAAGGGGGUUAUGAGGAUUACUUGACACAGAGUCGUCUGCCAUCAACUUGGAAUCCUUGAGGCUUGGUGAGGUUGGUGGGCAACUAGAACAGAAGAUAUCACCUACUUGUAGUCACUCAUUAAAGUUGUCUACAUGUAUAGUUUGAUGACUUGACUGUAUUCAUAGGCACUGUAUAAUCUUCUAUAUCCUAUUAUGGGAUUUUAUUAUUAUUAUUUUUUGGGUGGACAAGUUUAAUGGGCAUUUCAGAAAAAGAUUAAUGUUGAAGGAUAA